GCGCCGAGCCCGGCGGCGUGGCCUCGGCAGGCUGUGGGGCGGGCGGCGCUGGCGGCUCCAGCGCAGCUCGGGUACCGAAAGAGCUCCCGGAAAACAAUGAAUCUGUUUCUGGAGCUUCUUCUGUUCCUGGCCACGCUUCUCUACUCCUACCUGGAGGCUUUUGUGAAGCUGUUCGUGCCUGUGAGGAGAAAGUCUCUCAGCGGGGAGCUAGUGCUCAUCACGGGUGCUGGCCAUGGCGUCGGGAGAGCGACCGCCUUGGAGUUCGCCAAGCGCCAGAGCAGGCUGGUUCUGUGGGACAUCAAUAAGCAUGGCGUUGAGGAGACGGCAGCAGAAUGCCAGAAGCUAGGUGCCACUGUUCAAACCUUCGUGGUGGACUGCAGCAAACGGGAGGAGAUCUACAGCGCUGCAGACAAGGUGAAGAAGGAUAUUGGGGAUGUGACUAUCCUGGUGAACAAUGCUGGUGUGAUUACAGCUGCCGACUUUCUCUCGACUCAGGACCACCAGAUAGAAAGGAUGUUUGAAGUCAACAUUCUGGGUCACAUGUGGACCACGAGAGCUUUCCUUCCAGUCAUGAUGAACAACAACUAUGGGCACAUUGUCACGGUGGCUUCAGCAGCAGGUCAUUUUGUGACUCCUUUCAUGGUGGCAUAUUGCUCAAGCAAGUUUGCUGCAGUUGGAUUUCAUAAAGCUCUGACAGAGGAGCUGUCUGCCCUUGGAAAGGAUGGAAUAAAAACAACAUGCCUUUGUCCAGUUUUUAUAAACACUGGAUUUGUCAAAAACCCCAGUACAAGGCUUGGAAAGAUUUUGGAGGUUGAAGAAGUCGUACAGGCUUUGAUGGAAGGAAUAGUGACCAACCAGAAAAUGGUUUUUGUUCCACCACAGCUAAACAUUGCUUUGCUUUCUGAAAUGGUGUUUCCAGAACGUGCCCUGAACCUUCUGAAGAAGAUGACCACUCCAAAGUUUGAUGCAGUCAUUGGGCAGAGAAGUACCCAGUGAAAAGCAAGAAUUGAUUCUCAUUUCCCAGAUGUACCAGUGAAAAGAGAACAUGUGCUGAGUGUAGUUCAGCUGCCUUGAUUUGGAAUAGAGCUCAGGCAGGUGCUUCCAGGCCACCAUUCCCAGGCACACCUAAGGGCUUAUCCCACACCUGCAGCUGGAACACACCUGCAUAACAGGGCGUAAUAACAGCAGGCUGCAUAAUAGCAAAGCAGAGAUGCAGCUCUAGAAGGGCUGCUUUGAAUGUACGUCCCAUCACCUUUGUCUCAUUGUGCUGAGGCAGGGAGAAUGCCCACAAAGCCCAUGUUUGGGACAACACAGCUCCUUAAGUGCAAAGGGAUUGCCUGAGAACAUGUUAAUCUGGACUCAUCCCUGAGCAAAAGCAUCUUUCAAGAAGCAACUUAUAGAGGAGGUGGGUGGCCUGUUUCCUCUCACUUAAUAACUUUAAGUUUAAAAAAAUGUGCUCUAAUGAACACUUACAGUUUUGUAUGCAUUUAUAAUGAGCAUUAUUGUAUUAAUUAUUUGUAUUAUUGAAAUAAUACAGCCUUAUUUGUAAUGUAAUGCCUAAUUACAACAUUUAUCAAUUAUGCAUUAGCACCACCAACACUCCAUAUUACAAAUAAAUACAUUUUUCUAACCCAAA